UUUCAUAAUAAUCUUUUUUACACAUAGCUUGAUGUAUCAUGUUCAAAACAUUAUAACAAAUCAAAGUUGAUCUAUGUUGAUAGUAAAUUAGUAAUUGUAGUUGUACCAGAACUGCUGCUCUAUUAUUUACCAGAACUGCUGCUCUACAAGCCUGGUUGUGCCACAUUGGUAGUUGAAAAGCAACUAUGUGUAUUUUAAUGUUAUUAUCAUUAGUACAAAAUUAUACAUUUAACAUACAUCAGUGGUAUAUGUGCAAAGUAUGUAUUAAAAAUGUAUGGAUCAACUCACAUUAAUCAAUCAAACAACCAUUUUAAAAUGGAAAAUGAACGCAUUAGAUUACCACCUGUUGGUAGGAAGUUAUCUGCAUCUCAAAAAAAUGUGUUUGACAAUACAAUGAAGCUUGUUAAGAUCAUGGAAAACACAACCCAAGCUAUAAGAGGACAGUUAAGAGAUACUCAAACUUAUGAGGAACUUUAUGCAUUAAAAAAAAGUCCAAGAAUUUCAGUACGGUUAUCAGAAAGAGUUUUUUUUAUUACUAUUUUUUGGCAGAUUUUAUGUGUCAUUAUACUGGAAGUGAUUGAUAUAUUUCACCUAAAAAAAGGAGAAUAUCAGAGCUAUUAUAUUGCGGAGAUAGCUGUUAUGGUGGUUUUUCAAUUUACAAAUUUAGUUUGUUCAAUAAUUUUAAAAGUAAAGCUGACCAAGCAAUAUAUUCAUAAAACUGCAACAACAAAGUUUUUGCUACAGUCUUACUUAUCUUCUCUGUUUCUGUUUGCAGGAAUUUAUUCGUUUGUUGCUCAUGUUUUGCCAGAGUCUUUUUCUAAUGUUAGAAUCAAACAUGGUGAAAGUUUAUAUGCGUUAGGAUUAUAUUUACAAAUGUUGUUUACAUCAAUAUCUACAGGAACACUGUGUGGUUCUUCCUCUAUAGUAGCAAUUCAUUGGUUUCCUGAGAUUGUUAUGGGGUUUCAGAUGAUACUAAGCUUCAUAUAUUUUGGUUCGAUCAUAUCACAAGUUGUCAGUCCGACACUAAGAGAGAUGAACACCUUUGACGGCUUAACUGUAACUAUAGAAAAAUAACAUAUAUUUGCAUAGAAAUUUCAGAAAAAAUUGUUUUUU